AUGUACUUCUCCACAGUUCGCAAUCGCAGCGCGGCCCUUCAGGAUAUGGAUACUGACUCUAAUCCUAAUCAAAGGCAGAAGCAUAAAGGAUCCGGAAAAGCACCCCAGCCUCAUGCAUACCGUAACCCGUUGAUGCCCGUCCAUGUGCUACGUAGUUUCCCAAAGCUACCGGAAACAAGCAGGACCUCGAAAACCUCGUCAGCUACCACUCAGGUCAAUGUUCGGGCACUCGCUGACGCCAACGUGAACGGCAACCAGGCCAUCAGCGAGAGCAUCAAGCGAACGCUACUCUACAGCAAUUCUUUUCACGAGCGGCAACAUCCGAUUGGGAUGGUUGAACGGAUCGUUUCAACAGCUGAUCGGCGGCCACUUUCCCUUCGUGACACCGAACCACCCGCACGAGCAGGCUUGGCGAUUGUCAAGCACCCCCAUAUGCCCUCCAUAACACCAAACUCCACUUGUCCGUCACUUUCGCUGCCCUCAUUGAUUGAAGGCGCGCGCUUUCCCACUGCCAGAAGUUCUUCGGAUCAUCGUCUAUUUGUAUCUGCUUCCAUGCUUGCAUCAAAGGUUAUUUGUGACUAUACUUACUCCAACAAAUCCCGGAUCAUUGCAACAAUUUUUUGUAUGUAUCUUUAGUUUGUGUUUGUAUCUUCCUUAGUUAGAGAGUGAUUAAAUUUAUUUCUGUAUUCCUUAAAUCUCCUUUGCCGCCUGAGGUUUUCCCGAGAGUCUGACAGCGCCGGGGUUGCGGUUAGGCUUGGCGUGUGGCGCGGGAGGGCGGAGGUUAGGUGUGAUAGGCGGAGGGAGACGUGGGGCAUGGUAGGUGCUUAUACACGAACCAGGAAAUACCUUACCGAAGGGUGCUGGAGGUCUUGACAUCUGCUUGUCCCGCACAGCUGGCACUUGGCGCACUAUAG